AUGUGGGAAAAUAAGAGUAAGGUAAAAGAUUUGAGCUUGGCUCCUUUUGGAAAACUACAAAUGCAAAUUUCUGAAAAUGAAAUGCCUGGAAUUAUGACUAUUAGAGAAGAGUAUGAAAAACUGAAACCUUUGAAAGGUGCAAAAAUAAGUGGAUGUUUACAUAUGACAAUAGAAUGUGCAUUAUUAAUUGAAACGUUACAAAUUUUAGGGGCUAAAAUAAGAUGGUGUUCAUGUAACAUAUACUCAACUGUAGAUUAUGCUGCUGCUGCAGUUAGUACUUUAGAAAAUGUAGUAGUAUUCGCAUGGAAAGGGGAAACAUUAGAAGAAUAUUGGUGGUGUGUGGAAAAUUCACUAACAUGGGAAAAUGAAGAAGGGCCCGAUUUAAUUGUUGAUGAUGGUGGCGAUGCAACCCUUUUAGUACAUAAAGGCGUGGAAUAUGAAAAAUUAUAUGAAGAAAAAAAUAUUUUACCUGAUCCUGAGUUAGGAAAGAAUGCAGAAGAGAAAUGUUUUUUGAAUUUAUUAAAAAAUUCUAUUCUUAAAAAUCCCAAAAAAUGGACAAAUAUAGCAAAGAAGAUUAUUGGAGUAUCUGAAGAAACAACAACUGGAAUAUUAAGAUUAAAAAAAAUGAACAAUAAUAAUGAACUACUUUUUACAGCUAUAAAUGUAAAUGAUGCAGUAACGAAACAAAAAUAUGAUAAUGUUUAUGGAUGUAGACAUUCAUUACCUGAUGGUUUAAUGCGUGCAACUGAUUUCUUAAUAUCAGGGAAAAUUGUUGUUAUUUGUGGAUAUGGUGAUGUUGGAAAAGGAUGUGCUUCAUCUAUGAAAGGCUUAGGUGCAAGAGUUUACGUUACUGAAAUUGAUCCCAUAUGUGCUAUCCAAGCUGUUAUGGAAGGUUUUAAUGUUGUUACAUUAGAUGAAAUUGUGGAAAAAGGAGAUUUUUUUAUUACCUGUACAGGAAAUGUAGAUGUUAUUAAAUUAGAACAUUUGUUGAAAAUGAAAAAUAAUGCCGUUGUUGGAAAUAUCGGGCAUUUUGAUGAUGAAAUACAAGUUAACGAAUUGUUUAACUACGAAGGAAUACAUAUUGAAAAUAUAAAACCACAAGUUGAUAGAAUAACACUACCAAGCGGAAAUAAAAUUAUUGUACUUGCUAAAGGUCGACUUUUAAACCUUGGAUGUGCAACUGGUCAUCCAGCUUUUGUUAUGUCCUUUUCAUUUUGUAAUCAAGUUUUUGCACAACUUGAUUUAUGGGAAAAUAGAAAUAAUUCCAAGUAUCAAAAUAAUGUUUACUUGUUGCCGAAACAUUUAGAUGAAAAGGUUGCUUUAUAUCAUUUGAAGAAGCUCAAUGCUUCUCUAACCCAGCUAGAUGACAAACAAUGUGAAUUUUUAGGGGUUACAAAAAAUGGACCUUACAAGAGCAAUGAGUAUAGGUAUUAA